AUCUCACUGCGUUGCCUCGCACAUAUUUUGCAAUAUAAUGUCUGGAACCUGCUCGAGACAUGCCUAAGCGACGCAAUGGGACAAGGCGACGAGAACGAUCGUAUUGUGAUUAACGUGGGAGGUAUCAGACACCAAACCUACCGUAGCACCCUUCGUACAUUACCGGGCACCCGGUUAGCUUGGCUCGCCGAGCCCGAUGCCCACAGUCACUUUGACUACGAUCCCAAGAUUGAGGAAUUUUUCUUUGACCGGCACCCGGGGGUGUUUGCCCACAUCCUCAAUUACUAUAGGACCGGAAAGUUGCACUGCCCUGCAGAUGUUUGCGGCCCGUUGUACGAGGAGGAGUUGGCAUUUUGGGGUAUCGAUGAGACUGACGUGGAACCAUGUUGUUGGAUGACUUAUCGGCAACAUCGAGAGGCCGAGGAGGCAUUGGAUAGUUUUGGGGGUGGUCCCCCCGAGAAUUCAGAGGAGGAUGGGGAUGAGGAAACGCUGGGAAUGAUCAAUAGGUUGGCUCUUGAUGGACCAGAUGCCAAAUCUGGGGGGCAUUGGCGACGUUGGCAGCGGUUGCUUUGGGCACUCUUCGAGGAUCCCUAUUCAUCUAAAUAUGCAAGGUGGAUAGCCUUUGCCUCCCUGUUCUUCAUCCUGGUUUCCAUCACCACCUUCUGCCUGGAGACACACGAGGCCUUCAACCCCAUCAUCAACCGGACAGAAAUUGACCCGCUGGACAACAGCACGCGGGUCUACCAGGAGACUGAGACCGUGGUUUUCCUCACCUAUAUUGAGGGGGUCUGUGUGCUGUGGUUUACAUUUGAGUUUAUAAUGCGAGUGACGUUCUGUCCGAGCAAGCUGGAGUUUUUCCGUAACACCCUCAACAUCAUCGACUUUAUUGCCAUCAUGCCCUUCUACCUGGAGGUGGGGCUGAGUGGGCUCUCUUCCAAGGCGGCUAAGGAUGUACUGGGUUUCCUACGUGUGGUACGCUUUGUCCGGAUCCUCCGGAUCUUUAAGCUGACUAGGCACUUUGUGGGACUGCGUGUCCUGGGUCAUACACUCCGAGCCAGCACCAAUGAGUUCCUGCUCCUCAUCAUCUUCCUCGCCCUGGGUGUGCUCAUCUUCGCCACUAUGAUCUACUAUGCUGAAAGGAUUGGUGCCAAGCCCAAUGACCCCCGAGCCAGCGAGCACACUCACUUUAAGAACAUUCCUAUUGGAUUCUGGUGGGCGGUGGUGACCAUGACAACCCUUGGCUAUGGAGACAUGUACCCUCAGACAUGGUCUGGCAUGCUGGUGGGAGCGCUGUGUGCUCUGGCUGGUGUGCUGACUAUCGCCAUGCCAGUGCCUGUUAUUGUCAAUAACUUUGGGAUGUAUUACUCCCUGGCGAUGGCUAAGCAGAAGUUACCAAAGAAAAAGAACAAGCAUAUCCCCCGCGCCCCACUUCUGGGCUCCCCCAAUUACUGUAAGUCGGAGGUAACCUCACCUCACCACAGCACACAAGACGACACAUGGCCCCUGGCCCCACAAGAACCACCAGAAGAGAUCUUAGAAAUAAACAGAGCAGCUCCACAAGCUGUUUUUCAAGAUCCCAAAGUGAACGGGGAAAUGUCCAAGGAGUCAGCCAAGAGAGCAGCCAAGGAGUUAACCAAGGAGUCAGCCAAGGAGUCAGCCAAGGAGUCAGCCAAAGACUCAGCAAAAGAGUCAGCCAAGGAGGCAGAAAAAGCAGCGCUGGCCAAUGAAGACUGUCCCCACAUAGACCAGAUCAUGUCACCUGACGACGGCCAGAUCUUAAGCCCUAUUGACCGGUCCGAGCAGCAGCCCUGCUUCCUGCUGGCCAUGGGCGGGAGGCCAGGCCACACGGCGGCCAGAGUCAGGAAGGGUACGUAA